GAGACACAGAGGGGCUCUGUGUUUGUGACAGGCAGAGUGUGUGUGUGUGUGUGAGAGUGACCCCGGACCACUGUGAGUGAGACCCCGCGUCACUGGGGUCACUGUGUGUGUGGCAUAGGGUGUGACCAGAGCAGGCCCAGGGCCGCUCUUAGUGUGUGACAUAGAGAGGAACCCCAGGUGACAGAGACCCGGCCGAGAAUCACUGGAGACAAAGUGUGUUUGUGGGGUCAAGUAGUGUGUGUGUGUGUGUGUGUGUGUGUGUGUGUGUGCGCGCGCGCGUGUCUAUGCCUCUGGGCAAUGAGUAAGUGGAGGAAGGAGGAGGGACCUCAAAACCCUGCCGGCAGAUGGGGGGUGCUCUGAGGGAGGAACAGGGAGCCAGGGGAUAAGGGUCUCUCCAGGACUUUCCUCAAGAGGGCGCUGCUCAGGAGCUCAGUUUAGUGUGGUGGGUGGACCCUUAGUGAUUUGCCCUGGUGGAGGGAGGGGGCCACGGCUGGGCCACAUCUGGUGGGGCCACGCCUCUGGAGCACUUGGGAGGCCUUGAGGUAGCCCCAGAGUCCACCUCCCAACACACACACAUGUCCUGGAGGCCUGGCAAAGCUCUGCUCCCCUGGUAACCUGUGUUCUCACUGGGCCCGGGCACCAUCUCGCUCUGACUCUGCCCGCCCUGGGCCUCAGUCUCCCCAUCUGCACACCGAGGUGUCAAGCUGUGAGUGGACCAUGCAUCAUCACUUCGGGAUCCUCUGUUGUUUUGGGGUUCACCGCCUCUGUUCUCCCUUUCCUCUCCUCAGGCAGAAAAACUGCAGUUGGGGGUGGGGUAGGCUGUCUGCUGUGGACACUGUGGCCCAGGGGCUACACCCAGGCUGGGGACCACGGGGCCUGAGGAUGAAGCUGACCUCUGCACCACACUGGCCCCUGCCCUGCUUCCUCGUGCUGCUGCCCUGGCCUCUGGCUACACCGACAUCGACGGCCCCUUGGCAGUGCCCGCCCGGGGAGGAGCCCGACCUGGACCCGGGGCAGGGCUCACUGUGCAGGUCCUGCCCGCCGGGCACCUUCUCCGCCUCAUGGGGCUCCAGCCCAUGCCAGCCCCACUCCCGCUGCAGCCUUCGAGGGAGGCUGGAGGCCCGGGCGGGCUCAGCGAUUCAAGACACACGAUGUGGAGACUGCCAGCCUGGGCGGUUUGCUCCUUCAGAGGUUCCCCAUGUUCCCUGCCAGCCAUGCUUCCAGACACCUCUGGGUCCUCGUGGCUGUGACGAGCGGAGAUGGCGGACCCGACGUGGCGUGGAGGUGGCAGCGGGGGCCAGCAGCACCAGGGAGACACGGCAGCCUGGGAACGGCACGCGGGCCGGCGGCCCCGAGGAGACGGCCGCCCAGUACGCGGUCAUCGCCAUCGUGCCCAUCUUCUGCCUCAUGGGGCUGCUGGGCAUCCUGGUGUGUAACCUGCUCAAGCGGAAGGGCUACCACUGCACUGCCCACAAGGAAGUUGGGCCCGGCCCUGGAGCUGGAGGCAGCGGGAACAGCGCCGCCUACCGGGCUGAGGACGCCAACGAGGACACCAUCGGGGUCCUGGUGCGCCUGAUCACGGAGAAGAAAGAGAACGCGGCGGCCCUGGAGGAGCUGCUGAAGGAGUAUCACAGCAGACAGCUGGUGCAGACCAGCCUCGGGCCUGCACCCAGGCUGCCGCCCGGACCCCCCAGCAUGCCGCACAUCUGUCCGCAUCGCCACCACCUCCACACCGUGCAGGGUCUGGCCUCACUCUCUGGCCCUUGCUGCUCCCGUUGCAGCCAGAAGAAGUGGCCCGAGGUGCUGCUGUCCCCUGAAGCUGCAGCUGCCACCACUCCUGCUCCCAGACUCCUGCCCAACCCCACCAGGGCUCCCAAGGCCGGGGCCAAGGCAGGACGCCAGGGCGAGAUCACCAUCUUGUCUGUGGGCAGGUUCCGCGUGGCCCGGAUUCCCGAGCAGCGGACAAACUCACUGGCCUCUGAGGUGAAGACCAUCACGGAGGCGGGGCCCUCGGGGGCUGAUUUCACUGACUCCUCACAACCCGGCCCCCCCGCCGAGCAGCGGGCCCUGCUGGGAAGUAGUGGAAGCCAUACUAAGUGGUCAAAGCCCCCAGCAGAGAAGAAGGCUGAGGAGAACCGCUAUGUGGUCCGGCUGAGUGAGAGCAACCUGGUCAUCUGACGGACAAUCUUGUCUGAGAACACCGCAGGCCUGUCCUGGGAGGUUCCGAAGGCUUCCUGGAGGAGGUGGAGCUGCAGCUGGGCCCGGAAGGAUCAAGCAGCAAUGGCCCAGCAGACAGAACAGCAAGACCAAGGCCUGGAGGCGGGAGCGUCUGCCCCAGUGAGGAGGCAGGCCGGCAGGCACCGUGUCCGGGAGCAAGCUGAAAGUCCCACCCAUCCCUGCUGCCCAGUUCCUUCCCUGCAGGAUGCCCUUGACCCUGGGCCCUGGUCAGAUCCGAGGAGCCCACAGCACCCUCUGUACCACCAGGAGGCUAGGCCCUGACGGUGGGAAGGGGCCCUCUGCCUGGCACCCCUGGCCCCACACCUUGGUAAUUAGCCACCUCCUGCCUCAGUACAGGGCCCUCCAGCAGAUGCACCUCCCCCUCCUCUAGGGGCAGCACAGUGUGUGGGCUGGGAGUCUGGAUUCCUGGGUUCUAAUCCUGGGCAAGUCCCUGGCCAUCACUGGGUCCAAAUUUUUCUGACUGUGAAGUCUCAGUGCCCAGGGCCUCUCCAGCUCCCUGCAGGAUCUGGGCUGGGUCACGUGGGGGGAGAGCUUGUCUCCUUGCCACCCCCUCCCACUAGUAGCUUUACCUGGCCUCAUUUUUGCUGCUUCCAGGGUGUCCAUCUUCAGGGUCCCCAAGGGGCUGCCCACCCAUGGUUCUGCCGACAGAGGGUCUCAUGCAUGUGCCUGCCCCCACCCCGCUCUUUUUACUGAAACUGAAGACACAGACUUGACCUGGGUGGGACUGUGCUGCAGCCCCAGCCUGCCCAGCCGCCCCCAAGAUGCCAGGAGCUUCCGGGGGGAGGCGUGUGACAGGCUGGAGAGGCACCUCCGACCCAGGUGGUGCGUGUCCCUGUGGUGUCGGUGUCUGUCCCUGGCCUGGGUGGUGCGGGCAACAGCCCAGCCUGUCUCCACCCCAGUUCAGCAACCUGGUUAUUUAUGCGGGGCUGUGCAGGCACGGCCUCCCCCCACCCCGUCAUCCUUGUUCUUAUUUAUUGAAACUUGGCUGUUGUCCUGUCCUUGUGUCUCCACCCACAUCCAUCUGUUGAAUAAAAGGUGGGAUAGUGGCGUCCUGA